AGAUUGAAAGAGCAGAUGAGCCCUUGUAAGUGCUACUGUUGCUGCCCACGAAGUGCCACCAGCGUCCUGUGCAGUUUGCUACUCUUCCUUCGUUGCUUCUUAAGCUCAGAAUGGCACCAUUGAUCCAGGCGAGUGCUCCCGAAUCCCAGUCAGAGCAUAAGCUUCACCUUUCACUGUAUCAAAUAACGGCAUGUGUGGCUGGGGCAGCGAUAAUCCUAUCCCUCGCCAUUGUCCUCAUCUCCUGUAUGCACAAACGAAGGACUAUGGACAAAAAGAGACGCCAGAAGUUGGUGGAGAGCUUGAGGAGUGGUGGCGACUCGGCAUCUGAGUCGAGUGCAGCAGCAUCAACGACUGGUUGUGAGCCGGACGGAGGAGAGCCAGAGGAUAUCAAGGAGCUCUUCUACUUCUACUGGCGCCAAGGUACGGACAUUGCUGCCAGUCGACAAGCUUUCUCGGUGGAGUUGAACACUCGAGUGGACGAGCGAAUGGAAGAGGAGAGGAAGAGACCAAGACGACAGACCGUGAGUGGGGACUGUGUCGGUAGGAAGAUGCAGGACAAGGGGGUGUUAUCAUUCAACCGUGCACCUUUGCUGGAUGAACUUUGUCAACAAAGGCGGUGCUCGGAUAACGAUGCCGGGCGGGUUGGCACCCCGUGCAAUCGGCGUCCCACGGUACAGCAUCGCCAUCACAGGUGUGUGCACUAUAGGCGAGGUAUCUCAGACAUGGGACCAUCCCCAGAAAGUGAUGAAUUCAAAACAGAAACAGCCGCUGUCUCUGAGGACGAGGACUCGGCCAAGCAUGAAAGAAGGCAUCACCUUGGCAACCCCGAAGAAGUUGACAACAAUGGUUCGGAGGGUGCUGAUCACAGAGGGACUGAUGUUUCUGCCAAUGAACACAACGUUGAUGCGGACGAACCAGAUCAAGAGAUGGCGAUGCCAUUGGUCUCCCCUUUGGGAUCGGAAACUAGCGACGAUCUGGACUUAGCACGCUACAUAAUAAACUCAAAUGAAAGACGCAGGAUGCAUCGUCUGAACUCCUGUCCUGAGCCCGAGACGAAUUCCACUAUAGGUGCCAGGACAUGGUCGUUCUCUUCACUGCUGUGGACCUGGGAUUUCAAGAAAUCAUCAGUUGUGCAUGACAUAGAAUUCCCUAAUGUUUAGACAAUUCACGAUGGAGAAUGAAAGAGUAUUCACCGAUAACUAUACGGGGAUGAUUUGGAAUAGCAAAGAAUUCACCAGCAUCAAGUGUGAUGAUCGGGAAUGACAACUAAUUAACCAAUAUCAAGGGUGAUGAUCG